GUUUAGUCGUUUACUGCUUGGGUGAUAGUGGAUUCGGUCGCUCGUCGCUAGACUUAUCAGCUAGAGUAGUGUUACCUCCGACGUGGUACGCAGUGAUAACCAGAGUCGCCCAUUUCCGAAGCAUUCGCUCUAGGCCGUCUUAUUGGCGAUUUUCCUUAUCGCGAUGAUAAUUGUUUUGCUUUCGUCGCCUGCAAAUCUGUGAAGGCCCCUGACUGGGCUAGUUUAGAGGUCCGAGAAUCGGCGUCCUAUUUGCGGACGGUUGCGCACACCUUUGGAAUUUGAAUAGAGUGGAAAACGCGUUUGUUUUACAGUUACAUCAUCAGGUCGUGAUAGAGUGCGAAAUUGGCUUAUUGAAUUGUUUUUGUAGUUUUUCGCAAUGAUAGUUUUCGUCGCCGCGAUCGAACGUAGGUCAAAGUCGCCGCCAUCAAGUGCAUGAUCCGCUCACUAUAAACGUGAUUAAAAAGAAACAUAAAAAGUGUUACCUAGUGCGGUGCAUGUGAAGUGUACAGUGUAUUCGAGAAAGCAUUCAGUUAAGUGAAUUUCUGGAACAAAACUAACCAGCAUACGCCUCCUAUUGUUAGCAGACAGUGGAACACUUUGCCAGGGGACGGAAAGAGCCCACGCCAGAUAUAAUCAAAUUUGGAAGAUGAAUGGAUUAAAUAAUCGUAAAAUUGGAUUUUCAUAGUAAAUGUUAGAAAUUGCAUAAUUUCGAAGUGAACCGUGAGUGAUAAGAAUAAUUCAAAAUGAAUGGACUCAGACUUAACGGCGGAGACGAGUCUCAUUUUGAAAACAUCGAAGAGGAAUCAUUGCCUCUAACGUCUUUGAAGGUUAAUGGGAAUAAAUACUCAGAGAAUGACGAAUUUUCCGCAGGCACAGACGAAAUGUUGGAGUCCGAAAAGUCCAGUUUAGCUGGGAGAGUGCAUGAUUUAGAAAGACGAGUGCUCACGCAACAAGAUGAAAUUGUAUGCCUGCGAUCAACUUUGGCUGAUGUAUUGAGACGGUUGAACCUAAUUGAAGGAAAUAUUGAAAGAAAUGGUCCUGCGACAACCCCCUCAAGUAUAACACAUGGUGGCCGCAGUGCCCCAUCCACACCAGCUAGGAGUGCACCAGUGCCAACAUUUAACAGACUGACUUCGCCAAGCCCCACAAAUAAUAGUUCUUCUUCAACAUCUAGCAGUAACGACUGGAAAUUAAGAAGAACAUUAACCCGAGCCACCCCAACAAAUCAAACAGAAUCAGUUGUCCUGCGACGUUCGACAGUAACAGGAUCAACGCUUGCACACCGAAAUAAAGCCAUACACCAGUCAAACGGCUCUCUACAUUCAGAUUCGCACAGUAGCAGUUCAGUAUCACCAGCACCCUCUCCUUCGCCUCGGCCUAAUUCUCUGCACAGUGGCUUAGGGAAGAGGUGGAGCUCAACUGGUGAUUUUGGCGCAUCUGGAGCACAAUUACAAGGAAGAUUUUCCGCAAGAUCAUUGUUAAAUUUGACUACGAAACCAUUGACAAGUCAAUUGAUAAAGCAUGGCACACAUACGGCUACAUACAAUGAGGAGGAAGGAGCGCUGAAGCUGUUCUUGCGGGGGCGGCCUAUUAUUUUAUACGCUCCGUCGGAUGUCCGCGACAACUUCGACAUUUCCAAAGUUUCACCGGCUCCAAACAGAAAAUUGAAAUUAGACUGGGUCUAUGGAUACCGCGGAAAAGAUUGCCGGUCGAACCUGUAUCAGUUGCCAACCGGGGAGAUGGCAUAUUUCGUUGCCGCGGCCGUGGUAUUAUAUAAUCCAGAUGAGCAAUGCCAGCGGCAUUACUUGGGUCACACGGAUGAUGUUAAGAGCUUGGCCAUACACCCAAAUAAACUUCUAGUCGCAACGGGACAAUGCGCUGGACAUGAUCGUCGUGAAGCCUUGCCCCACAUUAGAGUAUGGAAUUCAGUAUCCUUGGCCACAGUAGCGGUAAUUGGAGCUGGUGAAUUCACUGGUUCCGUCAAUUGCAUUUCCUUCAGUCGAGCCGACGGUGGCUCCCUUCUCACAGCCAUCGACGACUCACCUGAAAAGAUUAUUUCUGUAUGGGACUGGCAGAAAGGGGAGAAAGGACUUCGAGUUACAGAAACUAGGUGUUCCGUAGAUACAGUUGUGGCGGGCGAAUUCCACCCUCUAGAUCGAUCCCAAAUUAUUACAGUCGGAAAGGGUCAUGUUGCAUUUUGGACCCUUGAUCAAAAUGGAACCUUGUACAAACGAAUGGGUGUUUUCGAAAGCCGAGAGAAGCCAAAAUAUGUAACAUGUAUAGCAUUCACGCAAUCAGGCGAUGUCAUCACUGGUGACUCGAAUGGAAACAUAAUAGUUUGGAGUCGCGGAACUAACACAAUUUCCCGGUUUUUCAAGAAAGUCCAUGAUGGAUCCAUCUUUAGUUUGUGUACAUUAAAAGAUGGCGGUCUGAUAUCUGGCGGAGGCAAGGAUGGUCGUCUCGUCCUAUUCGAUUCUGAAAUGAAUCGAAGUGGUGUAGAAGGCUUUGUUGAACCACAUUUCGGGGCAAUUCGUGUUGUUUCAGAAGGAAAAGGAUCACAACUACUGAUUGGAACCACACGAAAUUGCAUUCUGAUUGGAUCAUUUGACCUGGGUUUCAACCCUGUUGUGAUGGGUCACGUAGACGAGCUAUGGGGAUUGGCUGCACAUCCAAAUAUGGCCCAAUUCGUAACAGGAGGCUUUGACCAACUUUUACAGCUUUGGGAUUCCCUGUCACACUCUGUAGUCUGGAGCAAAGACAUUGGUGAACACAUUCAGUCAUGCGCUUUUUCACCUGACGGUGAAUACAUUGCAGUAGGUGGUAUUUCAGGACGAUGGAUGGUCUUUGAUACAACAUCCAGAGAAUUAUUAGCGCAACUCUCAGAUGGGCAAGAACCCAUACAAACCAUCAAGUUUUCACCGGAUGGGCAAUUCUUGGCAAUUGGAUCACGCGACAAUUCUGUUUAUAUCUAUCAGAUAAAUGGAAAUUCAAGAAGAUUCGCUCGUGUUGGAAGGUGUUCGGGUCAUUCAAGCUAUAUUAAACAUAUAGAUUGGUCAGAGGAUAGCCAGGUGAUACGCAGCAACUCAGGAGAUUAUGAAAUAUUGUUCUGGAACGCGAGCACAUGUCGACAGAUAACUUCAGCUUCGUCCCUUCGUGAUGUUAAGUGGGCAUCGCAAACCUGCACAUUAUCAUUCAAUACAGUUGGAAUAUGGCCAGAGCACGCAGACGGUACUGAUGUCAAUUCAGCAGCUCGAAGUAACGACAGUACCAUCCUUGCGUCAGGUGAUGAUUUCGGGAAAGUUAAGUUGUACAGCUUCCCUGCAGCACAGCCAAAGAGUUUAUGCCACUUGUAUGGAGGCCAUAGUAGUCACGUCACCGCCGUCGAGUUCCUGUGUGACGAUACAAGAGUUAUAUCAACGGGUGGAAACGAUACAAGCGUCAUGCAAUGGACAGUAAUUUAAAUUCAACUUUCGCCUUACGGACUAACUAAGAGCUUGACAAUGAGCGUUUAAGAAACCAAUUCGUUCCACGUUCGCUUGCAACCCCAAGUUAUAUAUUUUUCAAUAAGGAGUCAAACAAAAUGAUACAAAACUAAUCAAUUACAAGGAACAAAUGUACACCAUUCAAAAGUUUUUUAGUAGACCAGAAACGCACUUGAAGCAGGAAAUCAUUGUGUACUUGAACUGUAGUCUUAGAUUUGCAGAAAUGCCAGAAAUCAUUUCAGAUUUCUGUUGUGCCUUAAAUAAGGAAUGCGUUAGGCCAGAGCUUUUUUCACGAGAAAAGAACACAAUCACUUUGCUACAUAGUUUUUAAAGCCACCCUUGAACGGCAGCAACUAUUUAAAAUAUUUUUCGCAAAAAUUCAUAAAAAAUGUAAGGUUACAUACCGUAUCAGCUAAGGAUUACGAACAAUUAAGGCUGGCUUAGCCCUAACAGCCAGCACCGUUCAUUGUCUACCACACAGACAUCAUACAAACGACAAUGGAUGGUAUCAAAUCGUAUAAUCAUCCAACAGCAGACUAUAAAAUACAAACUACUCUAGAUAUGUGAAAUACAUGAUUUUUACAAACCUCCUAACAUAGUUUUCCGGCAAAGUAGUCAAUUUUCACAGGAAAGAAACCGUUUGUCUUUUUUAUGAUUCGAAUCGUUUUAACAAUUUCGUUAAAUUUGAAUAAGAUCCGAAGAGUGUAGUCCUAUUAUUCAUGUUCACUCCAAUUACUAUUGUAAUCCAUUAUUGUAACAUUAAUAAAUCUCUGUUAGUUCCAUGUACAUUCCAUAUAUAAUGUGAUUUAUGUGUUGUUCGCAUUAUAUCUUUUAUGUUGUAACUAAAAGUAAUUUGUUUAUAUAUGAAGUUUUCUAAUGUAAUUUUUCGUAGUCGUGUAGAUAUACCUUCUUGAUAAUGUUAUUGUUAGGUUCAUUUAUAUGGUGUGUAUCAUUUUCCUUUCAAAAAUAUUAUAUAUUUAUGAAGCAGAUUUAUUACAAUAAAUACCUUGAUAAUGAACAA